UCUGGCCGAGGUGGAAUCGAAACGCUCCACCCCCUCGCAUUUUCUCGCGGGCGGCGCAGCGCCCGUCGAAGCCGACGCCGCCACUGCCGACGCUCCAAGCCGCCGCCGACGCUGCCGCUGACGCCGUCCCGCAGCAAAGCCAGCGACGGUCCCUUCCAAGAGCACAGGUCUAGUCUCGCGGCUCUGGCGGCACAGCGACGAUUUGACGACGACCGUCGCCUCCGUCCCUCCCCGACGUCCUCCGCCUCCCUCUCCCCCAGUCCUCCUCCUUCGGUAGAAGCUGGACUUCUCUCAGAGAGUAACACAGAAGCUUAUCCAUCUUGUUUCUGCAAGUGAACAUUCUGGCAUUAUCUCCAAGUAAUUCAUUGAGUGGAGAGCUCCCUUGCAGCUGCGAUCAGCGGCGAUUUUGUCAAGAUCGUCUCCAGCAACCGGCGUGGUGGCCGCUUCCGCGAAGACUGAGUUUGUCGGGCUCGUGGUCGGCGAGGAAAUGGGGGAAAGGCCGAUAUACUGAAACCAACUGAAGAAGGCGGGAAAGCCCACGAAGCUUCGUUCUUACGGCCCACAGUCCAUAAUAUCACCCCUUGUCUCGCGCCCCCGCCGCCACGGGACGAGAAUCAAGUCCGCCGCCUCUGCCACUUCUCGACGUUCCUGCCUCCAGGCGCGCCGGAUCACGGCAACCUCUAAAACACCAUUCCGGCGCGGGUCUCCUAUCCACCCCAAAUUCAGCCGUCCUCGGUGCUUCUUAGACUCAAGCAGAGAAGAUGUGGCGGCGGCAGCAUGCUCUUCUACGCCGCAUCUCGCCGGCGAACAUGUCGCCGGCGGCGUGGGUCGGUGGCGGGGCGAGCUACCAUGGCUCCUCGCCGGAGGGAAGGAAAGGAAAAGCGUCUCCUUUGCAGGCGCGUGGGAUGGUGGACAGGUUCAGGCUGUGUGCCAAGGGUGGUGACGGCGGCAAUGGCUGCAUCAGCCAAAGGCGCUCCAGGUCCGACCGACUAGGCAGGCCUGAUGGUGGUGAUGGAGGGACAGGUGGUAAUGUCAUUCUUGAGUGCUCAAGGUCUGUCUGGGAUUUCAGUAACUUGCAACAUCACACGAAAGCAACCCGAGGAGGCAAUGGACUUUCUAAGAAACAGAUAGGGACAGGAGGUCCUGACAAGGUCGCACAAGUACCAAUUGGCACAGUGAUUCAUCUAGUCCGAGGGGAACCACCUUCUUUCACUGUAAAUGCACCUACCAGAUCUCUAGAUCCCUGGGAUAUCCCAGAUGCUGCAGAAGACUCUGCAGACAGUUCCAAUCAGAAUAACAACAAGGAUAUCAUUUAUGGAAAUGAAGCUGAAAGAGGAAUUAACAAUCAGUGGGAGAAGCAAACAUACACUAGUUCAUGCUCCAAGACUGGGUUUUCGAAUGCGGAAGAUUGUAAUGCAAGUAACACUCAAUAUCAGGUGGAGAUGGAUGAAAAGGAUCAGUCUGAUGAUGACGAUGGAGAAUUUUGGGAGGAUGAAGAUGAGACAGAGGAAGAGGAUGAAGAUGCAGAUGCAGAUGCAGAUGAGGCUAGGGAAGAAGAUGACAUACAGUAUUCUGUUGCUGAAAUGACAAGAGCUGGGCAGCGGUUGAUUGUAGCACGAGGAGGGGAGGGUGGGCUAGGGAAUGCUUCUAUUGGCAACGAUGUGCACCUAUCCAAAGAAGAUAGACAACAGAAGAUAUUCCGUUUGAGUGCUGGAGAACCAGGGACAGAGGCCUUUCUUGUAUUGGAGCUGAAGAGCAUUGCUGAUGUUGGCCUUGUUGGGUUGCCUAAUGCCGGAAAGAGCACAUUGCUGAGUGCUCUCUCUAAAGCUCGCCCGGAGAUCGCUGACUACGCAUUCACCACACUGAGGCCCAAUAUUGGUAGCCUAACCUACGACGACUACUUCUCAGUGAAAGUGGCUGACAUACCUGGUCUUAUCAAAGGUGCCCAUGAGAACCGGGGCCUGGGCCAUGCCUUCUUGAGGCACAUUGAGCGCACCAAAGUUCUGUCCUAUGUGCUUGACCUGGCGGCAACACUCAAUGGCAGGAAGGGUAUCCCACCAUGGGAGCAGCUGCAUGAUCUGGUCGUGGAACUUGAGCAUUACCAAGAAGGCUUGACCAAGCGCCCAUCGUUGAUAGUCGCAAACAAAAUAGAUGAAGAUGGAGCAGAUGCAAUGUAUGAAGAACUGAAGAGGAGAGUGCAGGGUGUUCCGAUAUUUCCAGUGUGUGCCAUCUUGCAAGAUGGUGUACCUGAUCUGAGAGUUGGCCUCCGGGACCUUAUGGAUGCCUCAGCCCUGCAGGGCGUUGAUUUGAGCAAAAUCAUUGUAGACUAAAAGGCUGUUUUUUCCUUGAGAUACUGACACGGUGGAAUUGUUCUCCAAAAAAUCCGCCCUAUGUUGCCAAAUUGGCUAUCAUUUUUCUUUAUAUGUGCUGUGUAGCCAUGUAGAGCGCAGAAUAGAUCAUCCAGUUUUUUCACGAAAUCACUAUAUAAAUUAUCAAUGGGUGACCAGUAGGCUAAUACUAGCGUCUGAAA